AUGUACCAAGACAUCAGUCCCCGUCAGGAUUCCACUCCCCUCGAAGAUCUCAAGACGCCUAACUCAAAGGUCCAACAAGAAUGGAACGUUGGGCUUGACGAAGAAACACAAGUGGCACCAGCAUUGUGGGGGUUGGGAGCUUCGGUUGGCGCGGGAUACCAUGGAUACAACCAUGGAGCUUCAGUCUACGACGGCGACAGAUACUACCAUGACAGCUACGAGCCUCCCUGCAACGAACGGUCGGCUUGGCAAGGCCAGGCUUACUACCAGGACAGGUACGAACCUCCCUACAGCGAACGACCGGCUUGGCACGGCCAGAGAGACUACCGGCACAUUCACGUAGUCCCGCACACUUAUAAAUUAGCUUGGUCUGGCCAGGAACACUAUCAGAAUUACCAUGGAGAUCCUUACGCUCGUCAGUCGGCUGGGACUGGCCAAGCACACCGUUCAGGCAGACCCAGUGUCUACCUCGCUCAUCACUACGGCCUGCACCCGCAACCGCCUUCGACAACAAAUGGUGCUUUGCCACAAUCACCGCCGGCUCUCCUAUACCACCCAGCCUGCGGCUCGAAUCCGCAGGGUGACAUGUUGCUUGACGGCUCCGCGGUGUCCUUCCCGGUGCAGAGCGCUAUCCGAGAAAACUUCCGACAGCAGCACACGACUGAAGUGUCUGAUUCUGCACCGCGCAUCCUCUUUCCAAAAGCGUCAGAUUCCGCCCACUUCGUGGACCCUGUAUCAGUGUACCAGCAAAGCGCCGGAGAAUUCGACUCUUCUAUGCUGCCGCCGAACCUUUACGGAUCGCACUCCUAUCACCACAUCGAGCCGUCAGCAGUGACCGAGCAACACGUGGCUACCCAAGUGUACCAUUCUACCCCGGAAUACGAAAUGUUGCCGACUCCAUACUCCGCUGGACCAUUUGGCGGUACAUCUUGCCCAGCAGCUAGCGAGAAUGGGCUGCAUCACUUUGCGCAUGUGGAUGCGCCACAGCUCUACAGGCCAUCAGGCUACCGGUACGAAUUGCAUCCCAAUGGCCAACGGCUGUUUCCCUCUUAG